AUGAUCUGUUGGGUCGACUCGUCCCAGAGGUUCUGUCGGAAGCAUGCCUUCUGGUUCCUGCUCCUCAGCUACGUCCUCUUCACACUCUUUGGGGGUCUGGUGCUCAUGGCUAUUGAGCAGCCCCAGGAAAACAAGCUCAGAGCACAGGUCCUUGAACUCCGAGAGAACUUUCUGAGGGACAACUACUGCGCACCGGAGAGCAGGCUGGAUACAAUUAUCGUGAAAGCGUCCUUUUCUGCUAAUCGAAACAUUGCUGUCUUAGAUGCACACAGAGAUGAUUGGAGCUGGGAUUUUAUCUCGUCCAUGUUCUUUGUGAUCAAUGUUUUGACUGUCCGUGGUUAUGGUAACUCCAGUCUCCUUUCUGAUGACGGAAAACUUUUCUGCAUCUUCUACUGCCUGCUGGGAAUCCCCCUCACCCUUUAUGUCCUCUCCUGCCUGUCUGACCUCAUGCUGCCCAUCCUUACCCAUGGCCCUGUGCGCCACCUCCAGACCUACUGGGGCCUGCCCUACGGCCAGGCAGUGCUGCUCCAUGCCAGCCUCUUCUCUCUGGUCCUGGUGAUACUCUUGUUCCUGCUGCCCGCUACCAGCCUCUGCUACCUGAAGCCAGAGUGGAGCUUCCUGGACACCCUGUUCUUCUGCGUGGUCACCCUCAGCACCAUCGGCCAGGGGGACUACCUACUGGGGAAAAGGCGCAACAAGGCGACCAAGGAGUGCAUGGAAUUCCUCACCUCCUGUUAUUUAAUGGCUGGCAUCGUGGCGAUUCUGACUUUCCAGGAGACUGCCACGGAGGUGCCACAGGUCCAAGCAGUGUUCCGGCUGUUCUGUGGACCCCAAGACAGAGCAGUGAAGGGAACAGACGGGGAUGAGAUGAUGCUCAGUGAAGAGGACUCUGGACCCAGAGGAGCUCCAGUACACACUCCCUGA